AUGACACUAGUCGUCGUUGAGGUUGCCCGAGUCAUCCCGGACUCGGACAACUCGCUCACAAUCCCGUUGACUUUCUUCGAUAUACAAUGGCUAGGGGGCCACCCAGUCAAGCGAGUCUUCUUCUACAGACUCACCGAGUCUACUCGUGAGCACUUCCAUUCUUUCAUCCUCCCUAAACUCAAACUCUCUCUUUCCCUCGUCCUCCAAAACUACCUCCCUCUCUGCGGCCGCAUCACGUGGGAGCCAAACACGCCCAAGCCGAGCAUCGUCGUCUCUCAAAACGACGCUGUUUCAGUGACAAUAGCCGAGAGAGACUCUGAUUUUUCUCUUCUCUCCGGCUAUGGACGGCGACCAGUCUCCGAGUUACACACUUUGAUACCCGAGUUACCAGCUACCGAUGACUCAGCCACCGCGUGCUCUCUGCAAAUCACGCUCUUCCCGAACCAAGGAUUCUCCAUCGGCGUUUCAGCACACCACGCCGUUUUGGAUGGAAAAACGUCAAGCAUGUUCAUCAAAGCUUGGGCUCACUUGUGCAAACAACACCUUGAGAACAGAGUUGUCUCUCUACCGGAGAAUCUAACUCCGUCUCUUGAUCGGUCGCUGCUCAAAGAUUUUACAUGGCUCGAUGAAGAGAUGAUCGAGGUAGUGACAUCUCUGAAAGCGGACAAAACCAACAAGAGAGGCCUGAGUCCGAUUCAUCAGGCCAUGAAACUCGGGGAUGAUGUCUUGAUGGCCACGCUCGUGCUGACUCGCGUCGACGUCGAGAGACUCAGGGAGCGAGUCAAGAGCGAGUCGUCGUCACCGAGUUGUCUCCUUCACUUGUCGACUUUCGUCAUCGCCUACGCUUACGCUUGGACCUGCUUGGUGAAGGCGCGUGGAGGAGGAAACACUGAUCGUACCGUGAAUUUCAGUUUCACUGCAGAUUUGAGAAAGUGGUUGAAUCCGCCGCUUCCGGCGACCUACUUCGGGAAUUGUCUGUUUGGGCGGGGUUGCUUCAACCGCAAGGCGGCGGAGUUUGCGGAAGAGAGAGGAUUCGUUACCGCGGUGGAGAUUCUCAGCGAUAUGGUCAAAGGCUUGAGUUCACUAAAGGUAGAGACGAUCGCGAAAGUACACACGGCGAUGAUCGAUUCCGGGCGUGGGUGCUCACAAUUCGGCAUCGUAUCCGGGUCGAACCGGUUGGGAGUAUACGAGUCAGAUUUCGGUUGGGGAAGACCGGUUAAGGUUGAUGUUGUAUCUAUUGAUCAAGGUGCAAUGUCAAUGGCAGAGAGACGUGACGAAGCAGGUGGCAUGGAGAUUGGAGUGUGCCUAAAGAAGGCUGAAAUGGAAUUGGGUGAAGAAGAAGCAUUAGGGUUAAUCAUGUGCUUGGACGGAUUUACCGUAAAACGCCUCGGAGGAAACAUAUGUGGCGGUAGAGAUCAAGGCGUCAAUGACGGAGAGACCUCUGGUGGAUGCUGGUGGAUGUUGUUGUUGUUGGCGUUGAGCCAAAGGAGCAAAAGAGAUAUGCGAUCUCAUGGUGGUGACAACUUGAGAAGCACGAUGGCUUAUGAAGCAUUGAGGUUUAAGGAAGAACUAUGA